AUGGCAGCUAGCCCCGUGUUUCCACCAGGCGAGCUCAAUGAUGUCGAAAUUCUGGACCGGAUCAACGAGCGGUUCGCUGAACUGGAGGCGAGCGUCUCGCCUGUUCCACUUCUCGACGCCCGCAUCAGCGAGUUAGAUCGCUUGGUCAAGGCUAUCAUUAUGCAGCGCGGUGGCGAAUCUUUGGAGAUCAACGUCGACGAACAUUUUCCACAAGUGCGUUUGGCGGAGGCUGGCAUCAUUAUCUCAGAACAUGAUGAGAAUGAUUCCCCGCUGAAGUUUCCCACGAUCAGCGGCAAGGAGUUUGAGUCUGAAGUGUCCAAGUUAUCGAGACGGCGGUCGAGCUUUGAUCCUCCAAAGAUGGACACGAUUACCGAAAAAGUCUUGGACACCCAAACCAAAGAGUACUACAGAUUCGGCGAGUCGACGUGGGAUCUGUUCCUCUUUAUCGGCACGGGUGCUCUAGGUCCCCUGGGCUCUUGUCAAACCUUCGUGCUGGCCGUGGUCAAUGUCAUCAUGCAGAUCGUCUUCGUGGGCAUCGCCUGGUAUAACUUCCUGGAACCUGAAGUGGACGAAAGGUCGAUUCUGGAUGCUCUCCGCUGGCGCCGUUCCUCAGGACACGCCCUCAGCGAGUAUGACGCGCAGUCUCAGACUUCCCUCGCGGAGCGGGUGUGCUCUCUUGACAAGUCAUUGCACAUCUCCGGGCUGCAGGUAUCUCUGCUGGAUAACAUUCGCAAGUAUGUGAAGCCAGACGCCGUUGGCUUUGAGGCCGUCUUCACGGGGCAGAUGCUAUGUCUGGUUGCUUUGGUAUGCUGGUACCUGAUGGUUGCCAAGGAGAUCAAUCAUGCUCUGGCUCUGCACCGCGGGAUCAUGGCGCUUCCUCGGGGACCGACCAAGAUCAUCAGCAGAGAGAACCCCUUCACCCUCGUUACGCACUACAGGUUUCUGUCAAUUCCGUACCGGCGCAAAGUCAUCAGCAGCUUCCUCUUGGCAUACAGGCUGUUUGCAGCCUGUCUGCUGAUCUACGUCGGGACAUUCUUUCUCGUGUACACCGUGAAUGUUACCGAGCUGAUCCUGAAUGCAGUUGCCCUCGGCAUCAUCCUGGAUAUUGACGACUUGCUGUUCGAUGCGCUCGCUACGACUCCGGGUCGCCACCUGGUGAAUUGCAUGGACCCGUUGCCUAUGAAGUCGUUCCCUCGAUUCCGGGGUGCGGAUGUGAAGUCGCUUAUCAGCAGUUGCUUGAUUCCUGGUGGCACCUUCAUGGUCUUCUUUCUGAUGCUGGCCCCAAUGGUUACCACUCUCACAGAAGUGUCGCAAGCGAUGUGUGGUGGCAACAUGAAUUUCGUCUGGACUGCAGACAAGCGAAACGUGAUCCUGAUGGCGCCGACUACUGGAACAGUCACGGGAGACAUCUCAGACGGCAUACGGACCCAAGCCUUCGUUGAAGCCGAGAAAACUCUGGAUUCGGCUUUUGCCGGAGCGGUCUACAGUGUUUGGCUUCCAGACGUGCGCGACCUCUCCGACUCAGCCAUCCUAUCGCUGGAGGAGACUGUAGACUUCUUCAAUCCUCAGUGUACAGACAUCGGCGACCAGGAGCCCAUGCUGAACUACUUGCGGGAGGUCAUCGGGAAUGAGAGCAUCGCGGGCUGUGCGGAUGCCAGGCCGUACUGCACUUCCGUGACGAGGAUGCCCGGCUUCGGCCACGAUGGUGGAAAAGGCUACACGGCUCGCAUGCUCUGCCCGGACACCUGCGAAUGUUGGGACCCAGCUGGCAAGUUGAGCAACGUGGAGGGCUGUCCCGUGGGACCUGGUCGGCCCUGCUGGCGGAAGUCGGAGUUUCAGGAGAUUCUCGCAGCCCGGACGUGCGUUGAGCCUGAAGCUGAAGAACUCCGGCAAGAGCCGGCUUGGGCAAGCUGGGUGGCUUCCAUCCAGGCGUUCGGCCAGUUGCCUGGGGAGCUGCGAGGGAAGAACGAGGCGUUGCUGCUGGCCCAGGCUAUGUGGGACCACGGCUGUGCUUUUGGAGACAACCUGACAGCGAUGAAUGUUGCCUGGGGGAGUUGUUUCGGGUGGAGUCAGCACUUCGACUGGGACUUCAAGACCGUGGAGCACUUCUGCCCGGAAACUUGCGCCUGCGACAUCUCCCGGGCAGGCAACUCGGCAUGCCCAAGGCCGCUGGGGAGGACGUGCGAGCAGCUGAACCGGUGCGUCCUUCACAACGAGACCUACUUCUGCACUGGCGACUACGAGGACAGCAUUGGUGCCCUAAAGCACUGCGCCUUAAAACCUAGAGCCCGAAAGUCCUAA